AACCAUGGCUGUGUUUCUGCAACUGCUACCGCUGCUGCUCUUGAGGGCCCAAGGGAACCAAGGGGCUUCUCUGGACGGCCGCCCUGGGGACCGGGUGAAUCUCUCUUGCGUAGGAGUCUCUCACCCCAUCCGCUGGGUCUGGGCGCCCAGCUUUCCGGCCUGCAAGGGCCUCUCCAAAGGACGCCGACCGAUCCUGUGGGCCUCUUCGAGCGGGACCCCUACCGUGCCUCCCCUCCAGCCUUUUGUAGGCCGCCUUCGCUCCCUGGACUCUGGUAUCCGGCGGCUGGAGCUCCUCUUGAGCGCGGGGGACUCGGGCACCUUUUUCUGCAAGGGCCGCCACGAGGACGAGAGCCGUACAGUGCUUCACGUGCUGGGGGACAGGACCUAUUGCAAGACUCCCGGGCCUACCCAUGGGUCCCUGUAUCCCCAGCUCCUGAUCCCGCUGCUGGGCGCUGGGCUGGUGCUGGGACUGGGAGCUUUGGGCCUGGUCUGGUGGCUGCACAGGCGCCUGCCCCCGCAACCGAUUCGACCACUCCCUAGAUUUGCUCCACUUGUGAAAACCGAGCCCCAGAGGCCAGUAAAGGAGGAAGAGCCCAAGAUUCCAGGGGACCUGGACCAGGAACCGAGCCUGCUCUAUGCGGAUCUGGACCAUCUAGCCCUCAGCAGGCCCCGCCGGCUGUCCACAGUGGACCCUGCUGAUGCCUCCACCAUCUAUGCGGUUGUAGUUUGAAGGGAAGCCCUUACUCCAAACCUCCCAAGCUAGGGGAUCCCAGCUACCCAUAAUCCCUCUCCCCUCCUUGGUCCCUCACCUGGAAGAGGAAGGCACCAUGGUAUAGA